CUGGACUGCCGUCUGUCGGAAAUGGUGUGGUAGGGUCUAGAUGACCUCCAAAGGUCCCUUCCCACUCUGUUCACCUGACUAGACAGGAGGCAGAGGAAAUACAGAGUUGGGGGGGCCCUUGGAGGUCCUCUAGUCCAGCCCCCUGCUCAAACAGGAGACCCUAUGUCAGUGGUUCUCAACCUUCCUAAUGCUGCGACUCUUUAAUACAUGUUGUGGGGACCCCCAACAAUAAAAUUAUUCCUAAAACCAUUGAAAAUAUGUGUUUUCCAAUGGUCUUAGGCGACCCCUGUGAAAGGGUCAUUCGACCCCCAAAGGGGUCCCGACCCACAGGUUGAGAACCACUGCCCUAUAUCAAGGGUCUGCAACCUUGGCCACUUUAAGUCUGGCGGACUUCAACUCCCAGAAUUCCCCAGCCAGCAAAGCUUUAUAUGCCACCCUUUCUCCGGAGACUCAGGGCGGCUUACAAUGCUUUUAAGCAAUAGCCUUCGUACUUUUGUAUAUACCUGCUUAGUAGGGCUUUUUGGGGGGGCCCCAAGUGGUGUUCUUUUUUAUACAAAGUCAGUUUAUUGCCCCCACAAUCCAGGUCCUCAUUUUACCUACCUCGGAAGGAUGGAAGGCUGAAUCAACCUUGAGCCUGGUGAGAUUUGAACUCGCAGUAAUUGCAGGCAGCUAAGUGCUACUUAACAGCACUUUAGUCCGCUGCACCACCAAGGCUCUUCUCCAAAACCUGUCAGAACCUGCUGGAUUUCACCCCUGCUUGAUACUAUCCAUCUGUUGAUAGAACCUAGGACCGGAUUGGCUUUUUUGGCAUCUGCAGCAUAAUGCUGGUUUCAUCCUUAAGUGGUGGUUCAUUCGGACUCCUAGAUCCGUCUCACAGUUCCUGCCAUUGAGCCAAUUCUAUUCUAUACUUGAGCCAUUGGUUUUUCUUGCCUUACUUCGAUGGAUUAUGAAGCAACCCCAUCCAAGGAAGGAAUAAAAAUUUAGAAGAAUGUACGUGCAACGCAACGUGUCAGAGGUGAAGGAAAUAUAACAACACAUAUACUCAGAAUUAGAUGGGAAGUUACAAGACGGGCAACAAGGAAAUAAGCAGCAGAAACCACAAGGAAGGAAAAAAGGACACGCAGACCUUAACCAAGGCAUAACUCUCUAGGGGCAAAGUGACACGUAUCCUCAAACAAGGCGCAACUCCACAGACAAGCAGACACAUCGACUAAAAGCAAGGUAGAACUCCAAAAAAGAUUCGGUCACGCCUUUUCAGAUACUUCCGGCUGUUCCAUAGCUUGGUGGGUGAAACCCUCAGAGGUUCCAGCUGAAGCUGAAAGAAGGGGAAGAAGCCAUGGGCAACUCACAGGGAGAGGAGCAGCUGGCUCAGUCAGCUGAAAACGAGGCCUGGGCUCAGGGAGCCGUCUUCAAGUCGCGGCUCUGGGAUGUAAACCAGAAAUCCCUAUACCUUCAGAACAAUGAACUAAUAGCCGGAUACUUGCAAGCCCCCAACUCUGCACUGGAAGAAAAGAUUUUCUGGGUUCGCAACCAGGCCUUUGGCCAAGAGAACUUCCCCAUCAUCCUGAGCAUUCGGGGUGGGAAGAGCUGCCUGGCCUGCUCUCCGGGGUCCCCGCCUGAGCUGCAGUUGGAGAAUGUCAACAUCUCAGACCUGUGCAAAGAUAAAGAGGCCUCCACCCGCUUCACCUUCUUCGUGUCUAAAAAAGAUGGAAUAUGGCGUUUCGAGUCAGCUGCCCACCCGGGCUGGUUCCUCUGCACUUCUUCCAAAGCCAACGAACCCAUUGGGCUGAUCAAUAACCCAGGAUCUUCUCACCUGGUGGACUUCUAUUUCCAGCCUGAAUCUUAAGCCAGCCUCUCCACCUUCCUUCAAAGGACAAAGCCCACUCCUGAAGGGCAGGGUCUCACAGCUACUCCUUUCUCUAAGUCUAAACAUUUCUGCAGGGGGUUGCUUUUCAAGAGAACAAAGCGGCAGGAAAAAGACGCCGUGUUUCUAGAGUUAGCUCACUUUCUGGAUUCAGAAAUGCAGGUUUUGCAGCUAGCAGCCACCAAAUUAUCUGCAGACCUCUAAAGCUACGAGCGCAAUAUAUGCCAGCCAAUUUAUGAGCCCUGGUUUCCCAGAAAGGAAUUAAAUACAUUUGAAGUAACUGUAUUGAUUACAUUUCAUUCUAAUGAUUUCAAAAUAUGCAUUAAAUUAAAAAAAAUUCAUUUUGUCUUAGCACCAGGUAGUCUUGGAGUGUGAAUCCCCAGCUUGUUAUUCAGAAGUCCGCUGGAGCCUGUGACACAUUCUCCUCCUAUCAAAUUGGGCAGGGAAGAGGAGAAAGGGAGAGUCAAGGCUGUGACAGCAGAGGGAGGCAGCAAAGGAACCUUUUUCUAACUCCUCACCUUGUCUUAAGAGCCAGGUGUACCUCCAUCUCUGCUGAUACUCUUAAAAUGCCAGCUCUGUCAUUAAUCAGUCUUCAUCCACGAUUCAAACUGGGAUGAGAGACCUGGCAUGCAUCACCAAAACCUGGGCAGGUGAGCAGUGAUGAGUGAGCAACUUACGCCUAGGCUUCAGAUGUUGCAUCUGCACAGACUGAAGGUAGAGAUGGACACUUCAGGUGACCAAGAGUACCGUACUAUUUGUGAGGGUGUGUUUAGCAAACACUGCAACUGCUGUACACCUUCACUCCCAUCUGACCUGCUCAACCUGAUGGCGGAGCUGCUCUUGGUGUUCCUUCGUCUUUGAUUGUGGUGAACCUCAGCUUGUUUUCUGGGGAGGGAAGAGACAGGAUUAUUCCCGAGUGGCCUCUCUUUAGUCAGCAAUUUACUGGAAUUCCUUGGCUUAUUGAUCAUACUACCCCAGAAAGCAGCAGCCCAGAUUUGAUUUAUUAAUUGAUUUCAAGUUUUAAUUUUCUAAUAAUACUGUAGUUUUCUGGAAUUGGAGUACCAUGCAAGUGAUAGAUGUAGAUAGAUGGGUAAAAAGGGAGGAGUUAAAGGAUUGGAGGUGUUCAUAGUGGCACUUAAUCCUAAUUAUGCCGUUGCAUCUUUCUCUGUCCCUCCUUUUCCUCCCCCCCCCGUCUCUUGACAGUUGCUAAGAAGAUUCAGAAAACGGCGAUUUUCUAGGUAAACUGGCACAUAAGUGUAAACUAGAGAGCAAAAGAUCAAGGCAGCUGGAUUGCCCAAAUGCAUUGAUAUUUCCAUUGCUGUACAUAAUUCAGGCUUUGGGAUUAUUUUUGGCAUCUGAUCAGGUGCUUGCAAACAAGACUUGUGGUUUUUUUCCAUGCAGCCCUCCUUCCCCAUUCAUGCAGUUUUUCAGAAGGUCCAACCAGCAUAUUCCUCUUGCUUUGUUUUGUCCAUAAAAAAUAGAGGACUGUGUGGCAUGAGGCAACUGGACAAUUGCAUCUGUUCUGUUUUCUUGACCUCCGAUACUUGGGAGGUCCUCUAACGCUCCGAGGGAGCAUUUUCAGCACCGCCUAGCAUCUUCCUUGUGUUUUUGAGUAUUUGCAAAUAAACAUAUUUACAGUCUGUA